AUGGCUGAAGAUAGGAAAAAGGCGGAAGGUACCGAUGAGGCGCCUUUGAAACCGGUGUCAUCUCUUUUAUCUCAUUUCGAGCAUCUUUCGUACUCUAGAAAUCAAUCGCCUACGCCCGGUUCGAAUGACGAACGGACCUCCCGCCAAAGAUUCGAUCAUCUGGAUGAUUCGCAGCCGAUAGUUCGUGCAUCUCUGGACCUACCUCGCCCUCAAAUACCAUGGACAGUUAGCGGUGGCUCUGACAAUGGACCGAUAUCCGCCGUCGAUAGAACAUCAAACCCACCAUGGAUGGACUCGAAAAGGGAAAAGUCUCCUGGCUCCCGAAGGUUCGGACGCCCGUUGUCGAUGAGCUUCCGUACUUCGCCGCAAAUAACACCGAGCUUGACCGUCGAAUCGCCUCGUUCCCCUCCUCGUGGAGCUAAUGGGCAGAAUGGCGGACAUUGGCCUUCUUUCAACCGAGGCAACUCCGACCUUACUGCUAUCGCGAAACCUAGAUCAAGAAGUCCACCCGGCCCAGUACGCCCAAAGGACCCCGUGUCUCCCAGCGCAAGAUCAGUCGGCGCUCCUCGCACAUCACGAGAGCCUUCACCUACCGGUUCAGUCAAAAGCUCUUCUGUUCCUCCCCCGGUCAAUAGAGGAGGGAAACCGAAGAUCCCGGCCAAACCGGCAAACAUCUCUCACCUCGAUGUUCGCGCACUAACCCCUACCCACGAACCUACCCAUUCUACGGCUCAAAUAUCACCAUUCAGUACACCCCCAAGCAGCCCUGAAAAGCUUCAGACUAAGACUGACCAGCCGCGCAAAUCACCCAACAUAUCAAGAUCACUGUCUACAACCCCUGAGCCAUUUUCCUUGCCGCCUCCCGUUGACAGGAGUACCCGCCCACUGCCGACUACGACUCAGUCCACAGAUACUAAAAGUCGGCCACCGGCCAUUGCUUCACAUCCAAACGACGCGAGGGAGCUUGGCUUCACAAGGCGGAACACUGGCAUCUCGCCUUCGAAGCAUUCGAGAUCGGCAAGUCAUAUAGUCUCACCCACACGGGAUUCUAGAUUACCCGAGCCGGCAAGAAAGCUGUCCGACGAAGAUCGUCCCGAAUUGCGUCCCAGUCUUCCUCCUCGCGAUAACCCUUCAGGUCGGCGGGCGCCUCGUAGUGUCGUACCAAGUGAGUUGAGGAAUCCCGACUUACCGACUAGAGCAUCACUUGAUUUGCCCUCGCGGACCCCCAGGAUACCUACCUCAAGUCGCCUUCCGACACUGGAGAUGAAUACACAAUUUGCCCCUCCGCCGCGUAGGCAAACUGCUACCGUUGGUGGCAAGCUUGCUCCUGAUACGCCUCAAACACCAAAACUUCGCCAGUCCCCUUCACCGAUCACAAAUAAUGUCACGUCUAAGCCAACAUCGAGAAGCGACCCGAGAGACUCAGAAGACGAAGCUUACCCAGAAGAAGCCCCAGUGUCCAGAGCAGACUACCCCGAUUCCUCCCAAGUCAAUCGUCGUCCUCCGGUUUUCAAGACGGGUCCCCUUACGAUUCCGACUCGAUAUGACACACGUGAGUUUGACGUGUGCGGUAGAUAUGUGUGUACCACCGGCUAUUUGACCCGUGUUUGGGAUCUUACCACUGGAGAGCAAAUCAUGAGUAUCAGCCACGGAGAAACAGUCAAAGCGCAUACAGUUGCCUUCAAGCCUGGGACUGGACUGGAAGAUGAAGGAACUCGUUUAUGGGUUGGGACCAGCGUAGGAGAAAUCCAUGAGUUAGAUAUCGGCACACAGUCAAUUGUCACAUCACGAUCAUACCCCUCAAGACGUGAGGUCAUAAAGAUUUAUCGUCAUAAAAAAGAAAUGUGGACUUUAGACGAUGAAGGAAAGUUGCUGGUGUGGCCGCCAGACGAGACCGGAACACCAAACCUUCAAUAUAGCUACGAUCACCCGCAGGACCGCGUGGCAAGGGGUCACACGUUUUCCAUGGUAGUUGGAGACGACCUAUGGCUUGCUACUGGAAAGGAAGUUCGAGUCUAUCGUCCCAGUGCUCAUGGGGACACAUUCCAUGUCUUGAAGAAGCCAUUAGGAGCAAACCACAGCGGCGAAGUCACCUCUGGAACUCAUACUACAAAGGACGGUGGCCGAGUCUAUUUGGGUCACGCGGACGGAAAGGUUACUGUAUAUUCUUCGACUGAUUUCUCCUGCAUCGCGUCUGUAAACGUCAGCGUUUACAAGAUCAAUUCACUGGCAAUUGUAGGAGACUACUUAUGGGCUGCAUACAAAACGGGAAUGGUAUACGUGUAUGACGUUUCAACCAACCCAUGGACCGUGAAGAAAGACUGGCACGCUCAUGAAAGCCCUGUCGUUUCCCUUGGAACGGAUAAUUACUUGCGCUUAUGGGAUGGAAUGUUAGAGGAUGACUGGUUGGAGACGCGGAUGCAAGGCCGAGACGUCGAAUACUGUAAUUUCAGGGAGAUACGAGCGACCAUUAUGACUUGGAACGCCGGGGCUUCUAUGCCUCGCGACUUGCAUGGCAAUGCUUUUAUUGAGAACGCUAUACACGCAGAGCAGCCGCCAGAGUUAUUGGUGUUUGGGUUCCAGGAACUAGUUGACCUGGAGGACAAGAAGAUCACAGCUAAAAGUCUACUACUAGGAAGCAAGAAACGCGAACAUAAUGAAAAAGAGCACAUGAGUCGACAGUACCGGGUGUGGCGAGAUCAUUUGGCAGCUUGCAUCAAUAAUGCAAUGCCUCUUGAGGAAUCAUAUGUUCUUCUCCAUACUUCUAAUCUUGUUGGCUUGUUUACUUGUGUUUUUAUUAAACAAAAGGAGCGAGAUAGAGUCCGCAACAUCAGUGCUGCAGAAGUGAAGCGUGGAAUGGGUGGCCUGCAUGGCAACAAGGGAGCACUGAUAUUGCGAUUUGUUCUUGAUGACAGCUCAAUGUGUUUCAUCAAUUGCCAUUUGGCUGCCGGUCAAACUCAUACAGCACACCGAAACAACGACAUUGCAGCAAUUCUCGAAACGGAAUCUCUCCCGGCUGAACAUAGCCUCAACACUCGCACUGACCUCUUCGUGAACGGCGGUGAUGGGUCAAUGAUCCUCGAUCACGAGAUAUGUAUUCUCAAUGGUGAUCUGAAUUAUCGAAUUGACUCUAUGUCUCGAAAUGUCGUUAUCGACGCGGUACGGCAAAAUAACCUAUCCAAGCUCCUGGAAAGGGACCAACUGCUUGCAUCCAAACGAAAAAACCCGAGCUUUCGUCUGCGGACAUUUACCGAAGCGCCGAUUACGUUUGCACCAACCUACAAGUACGAUGUCAACUCGGAUGAAUAUGACACGAGUGACAAGAAGCGGUCUCCUGCAUGCUCUGGCUACAACCUCCCAACUACCACCGACAACGCCUACCUGGUUCUUUCCUGGAGCCAGGCCGAAGGCAACUCGCUCAUCUUCGACCUGGCAGACCACUUCUCGCAAGACUCUCCCUCCCCUAUCGCCUCCGACCACCCCGAAUCCCCUAGCACCACCACGUCCGCCUCUGUCGACCUCGACGUACUGAUCCCCUCACCACCACCGGUGAUUCUACAACAACGGGACUCGUUUUCGCAAUAUACGGGAUACUCUCCUCCUCCUCCUCUCCAUCCCGCAUCGAACGGUAACGGGGUUGAUACGAACCUGUCGUCAGAUAUCACCUCAGCUACCGUCUCUCGGCUCCGUCGCCGCCGCCGUCGCUCCGAGAUUUCGUCCUCGUCCUCGUCAUCUUCUGCAUCUGAAACUUCCGAUAUAGACGGUCUUCGUGACGUGGGAAGCUCCUCUGCCCGACCCCCGCUAGCCACCAACGUUUCUUCUGCGGGUACCCGCGGAGCACAACGUUCAACAACAGGCUGUGCAGAAGGCCACCCGCCGUCCCCCAAGCGCAGGCGUUUGGCAAACAUGCGGCCCAAUAAUGGAGAUUCAGUGACGACAGCGAAUGGACGGUCGGAUGCUUCGAAUGGGAUUUUCUCUACGUCGUCGCGGGGGAAGAGCUCUGUGAAUGGCAAAUCUUCGAAUCAUCUGCAUAAUGGACAGUCAAAUACGAACGGCUCAGCGAGAUCAUCGGCAGUAUCCUCGUCAUAUUUCGGGCAUGAUCGAGAGGAGGUUACCAGAAUCUUGAUACAGGGGUUAUACGAUCUAGGUUAUAAUGGGGCUGCGAGUGCUUUAACUAGGGAAAGCGGAUAUGAACUGGAGAGCCCCUCGGUUGUGGCAUUCAGGAGUGCAGUGCUCGAUGGACAAUGGGCCGAAGCAGAGAGUUUAUUACUGGAGUCAUUUGAGGACGGUCAUGACGCAAGCAAUGGAGAGUAUGAAUCUCCAUCGACCUGGGGCAAGCUGGCUCUUGCCGAGACUGCAGACAAAAAUGAAAUGCUUUUCCUGCUGCGACAACAGAAGUUUUUGGAGCUACUCGAGGCUCGAGAUUUGGGGGCUGCGCUGAUGGUGCUGCGGCAUGAGUUGACACCGUUAAAUCAUAAUAUUGCCCAGCUUCAUGCUCUGUCGAGUUUAUUGAUGAGCCCGGUCGAGCAUCUCCGGGAAUUAUCAGGCUGGAGCGGAUCGGUUGCAUUAUCGCGCGAGCUUUUGCUUUCUGAUUUGUCGACCUUUAUAUCUCCCGCAGUGAUGAUUCCAGACCAUCGACUUGCUUCUCUCUUGGAUCAAGUGAAAAGCAACUGGGUCAACCAAUGCCUAUUUCACAACACUGCGCAAUCACCAUCACUAUAUUCCGAUCACAUGUGCGACCGUAACGCUUUCCCUCGACAUAGCAGUAUGCAACUGACGAGGCACUCAAAUGAAGUCUGGUAUGUAGAGUUUUCGCACGAUGGGACGAAACUCGUUACAACCAGCAAAGAUAAGUCCGUUAUUAUCUACGAUGCAACAGACAGAUUCUCGGUGAUUCACAGAUUUUACGAACAUCAUGAUGCUGUUGUGUUUGCGACUUGGAGUCCGGACGACACCAAGCUUAUUACCUGUUCUCAAGACAAGACGGCCAAGGUUUGGGAUGUUCAGACCGGUCACUGUUAUAUGACAAUCGAGCACCAUUCCGAUAUAGUGACUGCUGCUGCGUGGGCUCCUGAUGGCGAAACAUUUGUCACAGCGUCGAUGGAUAUCAGAGCGCCGCUCUGUUAUUGGGGACUACGAUCUCGAAAUCCGAUACACGUGUGGCGGGAUGGAUUCAGGGCACAGGACUGUGCUAUCACACCGGACGGAACCCGUUUGAUCGCAUCGGACAACGAAGAUAAGCUGUAUGUGUAUGAUCUUGCGUCGCGUGCAGAAGAAUAUUGCCUUUCCAUGAAGAAUCAUAUCACAUCAGUCAGCGUCAGCAAUGAUUCGCGAUUUGUACUGUUGAAUCUCCGAAAUAAUCAGAUACAACUCAUGGACAUUGAGACGACCGAGAUCAUUCGUCGCUUCGAUGGUCAGAAACAAGGGGAGUGGGUGAUUCGAAGUCGGUUUGGCGGUGCUGGCGAGAAUUUCGUUGUCAGCGGAAGCGAGGAUUCUCAGAUUUACAUCUGGCACCGAGAGAAUGGAGCCCUCGUGGAGGUACUGGAGGGACACACGAAAGGAUGUGUCAAUGCGAUAUCUUGGAAUCCGAAGAACCCUAGCAUGUUUGCCUCCGCCGGGGACGACUGCGUUGUGCGGAUAUGGACACGAGAUAAUCCCAGCGAAAGCAGCUUAAGCAAAGGCAGGUUUUCGAAGACCUCGGAAUUUACACGAACUAGUGCUCUUCGAUCAACGACUAGCCAACUUUGA